CAAAAAGUAAUAGUAUUAUAUUUGUUUCUCCUUUUUUUCCACCAAAAAGUACCACUUUUUCCCCUUUUCCCACCCUAUUUAAUGCUAAAAGGGUCAAAAAGUACACAAAAAAGAAUGAAAAUGACAUCUCCUAAAUUCUUGUGUAAACACAAAUGUAGCAAAUAAAAAAAAGCGGAGGGAGUAUAUAUAUAUAUAUAUGAUGAAACAUUAGUGAUCUCAUCCCAAAAAUAGAAAAAAAAAACGAGUAAACUAAUAAAAAUCGGAGGUAAUAUUUGGCUAAAAAAGACUCACUGAACGUACUAAUUGGGUCCGGCUGUCGGCGUCAGCAAUAAAAAAUUGAUCCAAAUUUUUGUCACGUCUCAAUUCUCACGCGUUUGAAUUACUCCCUCCGUCCCAAAUUAGUUGCUACAUUUUGACCGUAAAUACUAUUCAUGUCAUAACUUUGACUAUCUUUUACUUCAUAUACAUAAGAAAAAACAUAGUCAUGUUGGAUCUUGUUUGAUUCGUCUCAAUUUGUAUUUUCCAAAUAUAUAAUUUUUAUAAUUUUUUCAUAUAUAUAACUCAAGAUAUUGGUGUUUGAAGUUGUAUUUCGUAAACUGUGAAAAAACAAAUGUAGUAACUAAUUCGGGAUGGAGGGAGUAAUGGUUUUAUAGCCUUACUUUUCUUUUUUGACCUUUUGUUUCUUUCUCAACUUGAUUCCUAGUUUCAUGGAACCCACCUCAAAGUUGAAUUAUGGUGAUCCUGGAAAUAGCUUCGUGUAAUUACUGGUGCUUCAAUUAUUAGAAGGGUGUUAGGUUCUUAGCUUGAUAAUAUCACAGCCAACCACAAAAACUUUCCUGCCUUAUCUACUCCCUUCUGUGUUUCUCUCCAAAAAAAAACUCUACUUCUUUCUGUAUUCUGUCCUCCCCUCAAAAAAAACUCUGCAAAAAUGGCUACUGCAGUUGGAUUGGUACUCACUGUUACUCAGACGCUCCUUUCUGCUAUGCAGACUAAGGAUCUGAGAGAUGUAUGCUUCAUGUUUGGUUAUGAAACUAAGCUUGAAGAACUCAAGGAUACUGUUAAAACCAUUCAAGCUGUCCUCCAUGAUGCGGAUUCCAAGCAGCAGGAGUUGAGCACUCUUGGAAAAAACUGGAUUGAGAAGCUCAAGGAUGCUGUUUAUGAUGCUGAUGAUUUGUUCGAUGAAUUCAACAUUACUUUGCAGCGUAAACGAAUGUCUGGUGAUAAGAUUUCCAGAAAGGUACGAUACUUCCUCUCUGUUGACAACCAGUUGUUUUUUGCUGCUAAGAUAUCUCGAAAGAUUACGAAGAUUAGAGUCAAGCUUGAUCGCAUUGUCAAAGAUCAUCAUGACUUUGGGUUUAGCAUUAGCAAUACUGUUACUGAUGUGCGUAAACCCAAAAGAGAGGAAACAUCAUCUUAUGUUUAUGAGUCGAGUAUCAUUGGGAGAGAGGCUGAUAAGGAGGCUCUCUUGGGUUUGUUGCUGCUAGACGACGACUCAAAUGUUGAACAUAAUGUUUCUUUUGUGAGUAUUGUUGGGUUUGGUGGGUUGGGAAAAACUGCUCUUGCUCAACUUGUUUAUAAUGAUGACAAGAUCAGAAGUGCAUUUGAAUUGAGCUUGUGGGUUUGUGUCUCUGAAGAAUUUGGGAUGAGAGAAAUACUUUUGAAGAUGCUUGGGAUGACUACUUGUGAGCUUAACAAAGAAGAGUUGCAGCGGAAGGUUCGUCAAAAGAUCCAGGGGAAGAGGUACUUUCUUGUUCUAGAUGAUGUCUGGAAUGAGAGUUGUAACCGAUGGGAGGAGAUAAGGAACUUCUUUCUUAUAGGUGCAAAGGGUAGUAGAAUUCUUGUAACUACUCGCUCAAAAUUGGUGACAAGAGCUAUAGGAGAUCAUCCUGUGCACGAGUUGAAAGGUUUGUCUGAUGAAGAUUCUUGGUGUUUGUUUAAGAGAGUGGCAUUCAAACAAGAAAUUGAACAAGAGGUAGUCGAUGACUUUGUUGACUUAGGUAAACACAUUGUGAAAAAAUGUGCAAAUGUUCCUCUCUCUAUAAAGGUCAUAGGCAGCAUGUUGCGUGAUCAACAUAAAAGCAAGUGGGAACAGUUUCAACAACUUGACUUGGCUCAAAUGAGUCAAGGUGAGGAUGGGAUUAUGCCAAUACUCAAGUUUAGCUACUAUCAUCUUACUCCGCAGUUAAAGAGUUGUUUCAGCUAUUGUGCUCUUUUCCCCAAGGAUCAUUGCAUCAAGAAAGUUUUGUUGAUUGACCUGUGGUUAGCACAAGAUUUUCUUGAAUGUCCAAACGACAUGCAAAGAAUAGAAGAUGUUGGUGAGGAGUAUUUUUCCACUUUAUUGCACCGAUGUUUCUUUCAAGACAUUGAAAAGGAUAAGUACGGUGAUAUUGGUACAGUUAAAAUGCACGAUUUGAUCCAUGAUCUCGCACAGGAAGUAGUAGGACAAGAGUCGUGCUUGGUGAUGAAUGAUAGGACGAGCCAUUUCGAUGAUAAUAUUCGUCAUCUCUCAGUUGCUUGUCGAGGUGACUUAUCGCUUUGUUCAAGUAAUGCUCCAAACAAGUUGAGGACAUUGCGCACGUUCCUUCAACUUACGGACAACCCAUGUUUGAAGACUGAUGCCGUUGAACUAGUUCUUAAUUGCAAGCGCUUAAGGGUACUGAAUUGUAUGUCGGGUACAAUUAAGUCUUUACCCAAAAUAUUACUCAACCUGUCACAUUUAAGAUAUCUUGAUCUCUCUUGCAAUUACGACUUGGAGAUGCUGCCUAAAUCGAUUUCCAAGCUGCAUAAUUUGCAAGUAUUAAACUUAUCUGAUUGUUGCAAUUUAAAGGAGUUGCCGGAGGACUUAAGAGAGUUAGUUAAUCUUAGGCACUUGGAUAUAGACGGGUGCAAUAGAUUAACUCAUAUGCCAGAAGGAUUGGGUAGUUUGAUUGGUCUUACCAGACUAACAAUGUUUGUUUUGGGUGGCAGAAGUUCCAAUCAAAUGCAGAUAGGGCAGCUUAGAGAUUUGAUACCUCUAGUUAACCUUAGAGGUGAACUCAAAAUUUUAUUUAAAAAGUGUUAUCCAUAUGAUUUAGUAAAUGUCGAGGAAGGAUUACAUUUGUCAAACAAGAAAUGUAUCAAGUGUUUGAAAUUAGAGGAGGAAUUUGAGUCUGAUCUUGAAUUAAGUUGUCCUAAAGGAGCAGUGAUUAUUGAUAAAAGAUUGCUAGAAUCCCUUGAACCCCACCGUGAUAUAAGAGAAAUUAACAUCAAGGGUUACAAAGACUUGAGAUUGCCAAGUUGGGCAACGACUCUGGCGUCCUCUUUUCCGCUCCUUGUCAAAAUCGAUCUGAGAUAUUUUAAUGAGUUAGAGCAUAUGCCGCAGCUGAGUCAACUCAAACAUCUCAGAACUCUUAACCUGUUGGGAAUGCUGAAUGUGGAAUACAUGGAGGAUGACAAUAAUGGUGCUAUACUACCAUUUUAUCCUUCCCUUGAGGAGCUUUGUCUGAUUGACUUUCCAAAUUUAAAGGGAUGGUGGAGAGAAGUAGGUGUGGAAAGGGAAGCUGUGUUAUAUGGUGUUCUUACAUUAAAGAUAAUAAAAUGCCCAAACUUGACAUCUUUUCCGGGGUGUCCGAAGUUGAAAGUAGUCGAGCUACAAAAAUUCAAUGAUGCCCUGACAUUCUGUGCAGGUCCAAACCCAAGUACAUCUUCAGACGGUCUCGUUUAUUGUUUGGAUACGUUAACAAUUGACAAUGUGGGGCCAUUGAACUCCCUAUUUGGGGAGACUCUACAAGGUAUUUGUGAACUAGUAAUAAAGAGCUCUGAGGUGCAGAAUUUGUCAACUAUUGCAGAGUGGUAUCUAAAGCACGCUUCGUCUAUCAAGUGCUUAAAAUUCGUAGACUGCAAUAAUCUGAUGAGUCUGUCCGUAUUAGGAAUAGAGCAUAUGACUAAUUUGGAACGACUCUGUGUUACUUCAUGUGAGAAGCUAGAUUUAGAAGGAGAUGAUGAUGGGAUGCCAUGGAGAGCCUUAAGUAACCUCUCUUAUUUGAACUUACGGGAACUUCCAAAGGUUGUAAAUCUGCCAAAGGGGAUUCAAUACUUGUAUUCCCUUAAAACCCUUUUUAUUUGCCAAUGUAAUAGCUUGGAUAAUCUUCCAGAAUGGCUCCAUCGCCUCACGUCCUUACAAUGCCUUGACCUCCAUUGCUGCCCUAGAUUGAAGUCAUUGCCAAAAGCAGGCCUCCCUAACCUUACCUCUUUGCAAAUAAUUAAUUGCAGUUGUGAGUUGGUGAAAAGAUGUAGAAAACCAGAUGGGGAAGAUUGGCCCAAAAUCAGCCACAUCCCUAUUUUCAACUGCAAAUGAGACUUUUAUAAGUCUACCGCUUUCCACGCAUCACAUCAACUCACCACGUAUAUAUUCUCUACCAAACUUAGCUUCCGAAAGAUGAAAAAUGCAUAUAUCAGUGUCAAUGUUGUAAAUAAAUUAAUUAUAUUCUAUGAAUCAAUAAAUAUUCUACUUUUUCCAUAA